AUGGGCAAAGACAAGAAGAGCAAGCAGAAAAAAAAGACCAAGACGGCCUCGUCGUCCGGCGAGAACAAGAAGUCGGACUCGAGCAAGUCGGAGAAGGACUCAUCCGGAUCGGAUCAGGAGAACAAGAAAGAGGCCAAGAAAGCCAAGUUCAAACCGCGCAAGCACCAACAUGCCGAUCAAGUGAUCAACCACGAGUUCUUCCACGGCAUCCUCCCCAACGAUGACGUCUCCUCGAUUCUGACAAAAGACGGCGACUUCCUUCUCCGCUCGUUCAUCCCCGAGGAUGACCGCCAGGCUGAGCCCAAGCUCAUAUUAUCAAUUUUCUGGCAGGGGAAGAUGAAAAACGCGCAGAUCAAGGAGGCCAAGACGAAGAAGACUGUGAAGUACGUGCUGGGCGGGGAGAAGCACGAGAGCAUCAACGACCUCAUCGACAUGUACCAGAUUCGGAAGCGGAAACUGCAGAUGGGCGACGAGGAGGUGACGCUGUACAACCCGGUGAAGCGCCAAGCAUGGGAACUGCGCCAUCAGAUGGUCACCAUCGAGAAGGACAAAAAACUUGGAGAAGGCGCCUACGGCCGUGUCUACAAGGGGAUGCUGAAGAAGAAGACAAGCGAAAAGCCGAUAGAGGUGGCCGUGAAAGAGCUGUGGAGCGAGACGCCCGAGGCGGCGGCGGAAGUGUGGCGCGAGGCGCGCGUCAUGCGCAACUUCAGCCACCCCAACGUCGUCAAGAUGUACGGCGUGUGCAACGACAAGGAGCCGUACCUGAUCGUGACGGAGUUGGUGCACGGCGGCGGUAUGGAUCGAUAUCUGGAGAAGCGGAAGUCGCUGAAGGCCCUGCCAGCGGUGAAGCGGGUCCAGAUGCUGCUCGAGGGGGCACAGGGAAUGGAAUACAUCCACCAACAAGGCGUCAUCCAUCGCGACAUUGGCGCUCGCAACUUUUUGAUUGAUAAAGUUGUCAAGGUGAACGACUUCGGCCUGUCGCGCAGUAUCGGCAAAAAGGGCUACAAGAUCAACACGGAGGGCGACUGCAAUUUGCGCUGGAUUGCCCCCGACUGCUUCACCAGCGCAAAGGUCGACUUCAAGACGGACGUCUACGCGUUCGGCAUCACGAUGUGGGAGGUGUUCAAGAUCCCGUACGAGAUCCCCUACAACGGAUGGGAUGGCACAAAAGUGUACACGGAGGUGGUGGAAAAUGGUUUCCGUUUGCCGCCGCCCGAACAUAUGCCCGAAGGGAUCCGCGAGCUGUAUGCUGAAUGUAUUACGACGCCGGAGAGCCGCCCCGAUUUCAAGUCGAUCGUGUGGAUUCUGAAGAAGGUGAUGAAGGACCCGAACGCGCGUCUCGGCACCGGUGUC